CGCAGGGCAGGCCAAACCACAGCCCAUGCGAUGGUCAAGUGUCGCAGCCCGGAGGCGGCCAACGCGCUGCUCCGGGAUGGCGUCGUAAUCGACUGCGUGAAGUACUACCCCACAAAAGAUAGGAGGGACCCCAUGCGUUGCGCCAAGUGCCAGCAGUGGGGUCACCUAGCAGCUAAGUGCCAAUCUCCGACUGAUGUUUGCGGGACGUGUGGAGAUGCUCACCGCACGAAAUCCUGCCCUCAGAAAGAGAAACGCCACUGCGUAUCGUGCAAAUCUGGGGAUCAUGCAAGCUGGGACCGCAGCUGCCCGGAGUUCAUCCGUCAUAAGGAGGCUCUGCAUGCGCGCUUCCCGGAAGACGACCUCCCGUACUUCCCGACUGGCGAGCAAUGGACG